GAGAACGCUGCGUUUUUCGCGCGCGCUCUCUCCUCUCGUCUUUCCUCGUGCGUGAAGAAGAAGAAACCGUGCGAAGAGCCGCCGGAAAGUAUCGGCUCUUAUCGGUUCAGUGUGAGAGAGAUAGCCGAAAGUCAACGUGUAAUCGUCCGAUCGAUAACAGUGCCAUAUUUGAUCUGUACGGAUUUUUUCGCACGCGAAAUCGGUGAGAGAAGAAGAAGAAAAAAAAUCAUCGCGAUAACCGACUCUUCCUUCGAUUUACCUAUUUCCGUUCUCAUUUCGAACGAAAUAAAAAAGAUAAAAGCGACGCCGUGAUAUCGUUAUAAUGCGUGUGUAACAAUGACGAUUCGCUGACGAUUCGAGAGAGUUCCGUUGUAUUCGGUAUUUUGGCAUGGUUGUUGCGUAUCGAUUUGCACGAAGAUACGUCCGGUGUUCCGAACAAUUUCAGCCGGAUUAAAUCGAGAUUGAAUUACUGAUUCGAAAUUAUCGAGAUAGAAUUUGCGACGCAUGCACGACAGUAGGACACGUUAAUUUUUAUAUCGACACCUCGCAGCAGUUCGCGGUAUCGCUGCGGUUGGGGCUCGACGACGGCCGUCGGAAGGAUCGGAGCCGACCGUUCGAAGGGACCGAGCCGUCGUUUCAGUGCAUUCCUCGACGCGGUGAGGAAGAGGAAGCUCGAGGAUGCGUCGGGGACCGGUCGUGUGGUGCGCGUUUCUUUUCGCAGUCGCCCGCGCGACGGACCGUCGGGGGAGUCCCCCGCGGGACGAGCCGGACGAUACGAUGCGGUACCAGCCGUACGUGAACUUCACCGGCGGGUGGAACCGCGAGGAAAAUUCCACGAGGGCCGAGGACGAAGACGAGGAGCCGGUAGAGCACGAGUUUCGCAGCCAGUACGUGAAGAACGCCGACGGGGAGGGCGAUCGGGACGGCCCGGACGAGCUUCGCUCCAUCGUGUCGCAGAUGGCCCGUCCGGGGAACAACGCGAAUGGGAUGUGCAACGGCACGACCUGCCAGAUCCCGAUCUGCUGCGAGCUCGGCUAUCGCAUGAUCAAGGACGUGUGCACGCCGGACGAGGGCGAUUAUGUUUUCCCGGAGGUGCAGGAGCUCGGCAGGAAAGUCGACGACAUCUUCGAGCUGGUGGUGAAGGAUCCGUGCAAACCGGUCGGACGUUACUUGUUCAACACCGAGCUUUACCCGGACGACGAGUACGUGAUUCUUACGAACGGUUCGAUAUACCAGCCGAGACGGGACAGUUUCAUCGACCCGACGACCUAUUGCUUCGCCGUCGUCAAGAUGAACAAAUACGAAUUGACUAUCUGCUUCGACGAGUCGAGCGAGACGGUCAACAUCACUCAGGAGGAGACCGGCAUACCCGUCGGCAUGAUAGUGUCCCUGCCGUUCCUGCUGCUGACCUUCAUCGUUUACUGCAUACUGCCGGAACUCUGCAACAUGCACGGCUACAUCCUCCGCGCCUACAUCGGCUCGUUGUUCGUCGCCUACUUCGUCCUAGGGAUCUUUCAGCUGGUCGAUCCGAACUCAUACUCGCAACUCGUCUGCAUCGGAUCGGCUUUCAUCAUUCACUUCUCGUUCUUGGCGAGCUUCUUCUGGCUGAACGUGAUGUGCUUCGAUAUUUGGUGGACGUUCGGGGGAUUCCGCUCGUUGCAAGGGAGUGUGAAGCAACGUGAGCGAAAGAAAUUCAUCAUAUAUUCGAUUUACGCGUGGGGCUGCGCCACCGUUCUCACCGUUGUCUGUGCCAUUAUGGACUUCGUUCCGACCGUGCCGAAAACCUUCAUCAGACCGGAAUUCGGCCAUGUAAGAUGUUGGUACACAACGGACGAGGCGAGGGCGGUGUAUUUUUACGGACCGAUGAGUGUCACCGUCAUCUGCAACAUUUGCCUGUUCAUAUCGACGGCGUUGAAGAUCCUGCGGCACCAGAAAGACACGGAUCAUCAUCUGAGGGGCUCGGAGAGCCGACGCCACGACGACAACAAGCAAUGGUUUAACCUUUACCUGAAGCUGUUCAUCGUGAUGGGUAUAAACUGGUCCAUGGAGAUAAUAUCGUGGUUGUUCAAGAGUGCGCCGGCGUACGUCUGGUACCUGAGCGAUCUGACAAACACCUUGCAGGGCGUCAUUAUCUUCAUCAUAUUCGUGUGGAAGGACAAGAUUAAGAGGCUGUUGCUGAAGCGAUUCGGCUGUCAGGAACAGGGCCUGUUCUCGAGAAACUCGACGCGCAGCGGUUGCCACAGCACGGUCUCGCGUACGUGCACCACCACAUCGGGGGGGUUGCCCCUUCAGGAGAAGAUCAACCCCUACCAGACGAACUGCCGCUCGAAGAAUUCGUCCGACGAGACCGACUGCCCUUAAGUACAACGCAAGGCGGUUCCUUUCGUAUAAAAAUCGCAGUCUGUAGCCGCUGACUACUAACUCGACAGCGCCGUAAUUUUAUUCUACGGUCGUGGAUAAAUUUUACAUUAUUAUUGUACAUUGAUCUCUCUCUCUCUCUCUCUCUCUCCCUCUCUCUCGAUCUCGAUCUGUACGGAAAGUGUCUGACAAUUAAUGACGCAACACUGGCGCGCAGCUGGAGCGUUCAAACUAAACGACAGUCUUCUGCUGUCUUACAGAUUUUACAAUAAUUAUUAAUAGUAUGUUCGAACGUUCGAACACGCCGAAUGUUCGAGUUUUCACACUUCGACAUCUCAUUAUCCGGAUGUAACGUGUUAAAGGUUUGGAAAUUCGAUACUUCGAAGACGCCGAAAUCGACUUCGAAUAUCAUUUCCAGCCCUGAUAUGCACUCUUUCUUGUUUCUUCCCGAAACAAACGUUAGAAUAAUCAUAUAAUUAAUAUGGUCAACUAUUUUUCUUUUAAUUACAAGUUCAAAUUAAAAUUUGUGGAAUUUUUCGGGCUCUUAACUUCUUAUCGUAUAAACACUGCGGACAAACUACGAAUGGUUAGAUGUGGUUCGACAACACGACGCAUCGACUGUGAGCUUACUUAUGUCUUCUCGGUAUAUAAUAUUUUGCUUUUCGUCAUUAAUCGUUAGACAUCAUGUAUGUAUAUUUGAAGCAUCGAAUCGAAUAGUACUCCAACUUUCCGAAUAGUAUACACGCUCGUUUCUCAUUAUCCUUUAAUUCUUGAUCCUUAGAUAUAUAUUCUUUCCAUGUUUUUUACAUCUUUACGAUGUAAAAAUAUUAUAAGCAUUUUUUUUUUAUUUUUAUAACAUUAUUAGCAUACGUGCGUCUGAUGUUAUAAUUUCUAGUACUCAUAGCUCGUCCUCAGACCUUUAAUUAGGUUCAUGAAAUUUGUAUUAAACUGUCAUAAACCAUUAUUUUAUAUAUAGAUAAACGUGAAUCAUACACAUAUAUAUAUUAUUGUUGUAUUAGAGAUAAUAAGUGGAGGAGAAUUUGAAGUCGUUUACUUGUCUUGUAACACUUGAAUGUGAUUGUCUAUACGUUAAGAUUAUCAUAACCAUUAUUUCAUUCGGUCAAUUUUUAUUCUUAUUCCCGUGCUCAUUCCUGAAGAAUUCAAACGACUAGAAAUAUCACUAUAUAAGUUAUCAUAGAUGUAUUAUUGCCAUUUUCCGUAAAGUAAUAAAAAUAUGUUACAUAUAUAAUUUACGUACGUCAAUUGUAUGUCAUAAUUUUGUACAAAUUUUACUUUAAUAUAAUUUACAGAUACAAUUACCAUUACGCGCCUAUACAAUAUUUUGUAACACAGUUUUACUUGCUAAGGAG